UAACUCUGAGUUCUUGUCAUAUUGUAUUACCAUUUUCUAAACUAUAGCGAAUAAAACAUUUUUUUUAAAAGUGAUAAUGUGAGAAAUGUUGAAGGUGUUUACAUAUUUUUAUAUAUACAGUCAAACCAAAUAUGAUUCAAUUAAAAUAAAUAUAUAUAAAUUCUAUUUCUAAUAAUUACCCUGUAGUAUCAUGACCUUGCCUUGAGCACAGGACUGGUAAUGAACUGUAAAUUUGCCAACCUUGUUCUCCUCAGCCAGUUGCUUCUUUAAAGCCACGGCUAUGCCUCAGCAAAAAUCUAAAUGUCCAAAUGAACUAACACAACAAUUAAGUCACUGUUUGCCAGAAAAAAAAUGUUUACUAAACAUGAUAAAAAAAUCACCUUUCCAAAAUGGAAAGGCGCCCAUUUCGUGGAUGACCCCCGUGUAGUUGACCUGUGUCACCACGAGGGGGCGCAGACCGUAUCUCAUCCCCACUCUCUCUCUCUCCUCCAGCGGAGCCCUUGCCAACCGCCCCUCUCUCCCUCCCUCUCCACGCUUCUCUCGCGACGCGGAGCCACAAAGCGGACCGUCGGCGCACGGCAGAGGCACCUCGCCGCUUCAGGGUGAAGAUGUACGGCGGUCUGUGCGCCCGUAAGCUGGCUCGCCGGUCGCGGUCAGCGUUAAUCGCCGCGCUGACGGUGCUGCUGGUCCAAACGCUCAUCGUGUGGAACUUCAGCAGUCUGGACACCGGAGAAGAGCGAAAAGACAACGGAAGAGAGAAGAGGGACCAGAUCGGCAUCAACAAAGCCUACAGCGAGUACCAGAAGAGCGGCUUCCAGAGGAGGCAUCAGCAGCCGCCGCUGGGGAAAGCGUCCAAUCGACACAAACAGCAACCGGACGGCUACUACUCGCAUCGGCCCAAGGAGAAAGUCCGCGUGGACAGCAACAAUGAAAACUCCGUUCCCAAAGACUUUGAGAAUAUAGACAACAGUAAUUUCGGGGCGCGUUCACAGACUCAGAGACACGCGCCCGGUAAGCACAAACAAGGUCUUCUGGAGAAGGCACAUGCGCAGCAAAGCCUGAGCAAGAACUCCAACGAAGUCAUUCAGUAUGCACAGAAUAAAGGUGGCUUCAAUCAGACACGCACCGACCUUCAGCGGAGGGCCAAUCCCACCCUCCGUCCACAGCAGUCCCAGCAGCACCGGCACCACCUUCAGCAGGCCAAGCGAUCGCCCACGCCCACCGCUGACAUCAAGUACGAUCAGCCGCCCAAAUGCGAGAUCAGCGGCAAAGAGGCGAUCUCCGCCCUUUCUCGCGCCAAGACCAAGGAGUGCCGGCAGCAGAUAGCGGAGGUUUACUGCCGCCACAAAGAACACCAGCUCAUGCCUGAGAAGGUCACCCGUUACUGCCCCGUAGAGGGCAAAGUGAAUAUGAAUGUGCAGUGGGAGGACGACUCUAUGGAGACUGUGCCUGUGGUACCGGUGCGGAUAGCCUUCGUGUUGGUGGUCCAUGGACGGGCCUCACGCCAGGUGCAGCGUCUCUUCAAGGCCAUAUACCACACAUCCCAUUUCUACUACAUUCAUGUGGACCAGCGAUCCAACUACCUGCACAGGCAGAUGGUGGCUCUGGCUCGCCAGUAUCCCAACGUCCGGGUCACACCGUGGCGCAUGUCUACGAUAUGGGGCGGUGCCAGUCUGCUUACCAUGUAUCUGCAGAGCAUGAAGGACCUGCUGGCCAUGCGAGAUUGGUCCUGGGAUUUCUUCAUCAACCUGAGUGCUGCUGAUUACCCAAUCAGGACCAAUGAUCAGCUGGUGGCCUUCCUGUCCAAAUACAGAGAUAUGAAUUUCAUCAAGUCCCACGGGAGAGAUAACGCUCGAUUCAUCAGAAAACAAGGUUUGGACCGGCUUUUCUUCGAGUGUGACACCCAUAUGUGGCGACUUGGAGACAGGAAAAUUCCAGAAGGCAUAUCUGUGGAUGGAGGCUCUGACUGGUUUCUGCUCAACCGAAUGUUCGUGGAGUACGUCAUCAACUCUCAAGAUGACCUUGUGACCAACAUGAAACGUUUCUACGCAUACACACUCUUACCUGCGGAGUCGUUCUUCCACACGGUUCUGGAGAACAGUCCGCACUGCGAGAGCAUGGUGGACAACAACCUCCGCAUCACUAACUGGAAUCGAAAGCUGGGCUGCAAGUGUCAAUACAAGCACAUCGUGGACUGGUGCGGCUGCUCGCCGAACGACUUCAAGCCCUCCGACCUUCCCCGUUUCCAGCAAACCACCAGGCCCACAUUCUUCGCAAGGAAGUUUGAAGCCAGUGUAAAUCAAGAGAUAGUGAAUCAGCUGGAUGCCUUCCUGUUCGGGAGUGUGCCCCAGGGCGCGCCAGGUCUCAAGACCUACUGGGAGAAUGUUUUUGAUGAAGCGGAUGGUAUUCACAGCCUGUCUGACGCACAUCUCACUUACUAUCAUGCCUUCGCCCGAUUGGGUCUGGCACGGACUGCCAACUCGUUACAGGGUGACACCAGUGACAACAGCUGCAGGUAUUUUGCCAUGGGACAUCCUGUGUCUGUCCACAUCUACUUCCUGUCUGAUGAAUUCCAGGGAUACCUGGUCAGGCAUCAUGCCACCAACCUGGCAACCAGCAAACUGGAAACCCUGGAGACCUGGGUCAUGCCCAGACAGUUCUUCAAGUUCACUAAUCCACCCAAUACCUUCAACAGACUGCAGUUUGCAGAGAUUGGAACAGACUGGGAUGCUAAGGAAAGGAUAUUCCGGAACUAUGGGAAUCUGAUGGGACCCAUGGACGAGCCUGUGGGAAUGCAGAAAUGGGGGAAAGGGUCAAAUGUGACUGUGACUGUGGUGUGGAUUGACCCCACCAAUGUCAUCGCUGCCACCUACGACAUCCUGAUCGACGCCAGUGCUGAGUUCACUCACUACAGGCCACCGCUGAACCUGCCCCUGCGGCCCGGCAUGUGGACCGUACGCGUGCUGCACCACUGGAGCCCUGUGGCGGAGACGCGCUUUCUCAUCACUCCCAUGACCCACCACAAACACCUGCCUAUACGCCAAGAGGAUGCUUUGAGAACGCACAACGGGCCGGCCAAGAACAGCUACAUGGAGCAGAGCUUCCACGGCCUGAACCCCAUCCUCAACAUCCCGGUGCACCUGGGUCAGGUCGAAGCGGCUGAACACAACGCAGAGCUUACAGGGAACGAGCUGGAGCGCUGGGUGGACAGUCUAGUGGGCGAGGUGUGGUCGGCUGUGGACUUGUGUUCAACAGGCCCCAGUGGUUGUCCGGUCAUGCAGACUUGCAGGGAAACGGUGUGGAGCUCUCUCAGCCCGGACCCAAAGUCCCAACUGGGCCCACCCAAAACCAACGGACGAAUCAGGUAGCAGCAUUCACUGCCCUGAAGACUCGCCUUUUUUCAUUUCUUAGGCCAUUUUGUUUUUAUUAUUUAUUUUCCAGCAUCGCUCAUGUGAAUAUGAGCAAAACGGCCCUCUCCCAAACGCAAGAAAGGGCCUCGAAAGUGUACGCUGGGAAGUUUCUGAUGAUUUUAUUUUAUUUUUUAAAUGUGUGCCCUCUCAAACUCCGAGUGCUCUAGUGAUGUGAGUGCUGUCAGGCUUCUCUAUAUUUAAUUUAUUUUGAUUACUGUGAUUGAAUCUUUGUCAACUGGAAGCAGCAUGUGAUGCCUAAAUGUAGGUGUUACAGCUGAAUGCUGGGAUUGGGAUUUUAAGCACAGAAUGGACCUUAACACUGGUUGUAAGACCAAAAGGUAUGUUUGUAUAGUAAGCCUCUAUAUUUAAAAACAAACACACUUGCACCUAACAUAAAUGAAUAGAUAGAAGGAGUGUUUUUCGACCUAUACCUUAUUAAAACCAAUGUUUGAGAUCAUAUAUAACUGUCUGUAGCACAACAUUGUGUGUUUCUUUAGUUUUUAGAAAAAUAGUUCCAUUUUUAUAAGGCUUUCAUUGGAUCAAAUGCAGUCAAACAGGCAUUUAAAGCCUUCAAACUCCCCUAAUAAAGUCUCCUGUUUAGUUUUAAUAAGUUAUUGGUUGAAAAACAUCUGGUUUUCAUAAAAACUGAGCUUUUGACAAGUAAAAGAGAUCCAGUGUUGUGCAAGAUGCCAACCUCCACAGAAUUCUAUGACCUUUGGAGGCAAAGAGGUCGCAGUUAGUUAGUCUGUUCAAAAAUGUAUCACUCUUCUGUAUAAUCAAAAUGGCCUUUUUGGUUAUACUUUUGUAGUGAGGGUAGCUACAAAUAAUAAAAAAGGACAAAUAAUUGAUCAGUUGCUAAUCUGGAAGGAUAAAUAUUUAGUGGUAUGCUAAACUAACAGGCUUAUAGGCUAGAGAUAUGCGAAGGCUGGAGAGCUUGCAAGCUAACGGAAAACAGAACAGGAAAGGUUUUAUUUGAGCAUUUUUAGCUUUAGUUAUGUAAUGUGAUAGGUGAUGCAUUCUACCAUUCAAAAGUUUAAUGUCAGUGAUAUUUUUAAAGAAGUCUCUUAUUCCCACCAAGGAUACAUUUAUUUGAUCAACAAUGCAGUAAAAACAGUAAUAGUAUGAAAUACUGCAAAUUAAAAUAACUUUUUCUAUUGUAAUAUAUUUUAAAAUGUCAUUCAUUCCUUUGAUGGUGAAGCUGAAUUAUCAGCAUCAUUCCUCCAGUCUUCAGUGUCACAUGAUCCUUCAGAAAUCAUUCUGAUAUGCUGAUUUAGUGCUCAAGAUGCAUUUCCUAUUACCAUCAGUGUUGAAAACAGCUGUGCUGCUUUUUAUUUUAUUUAAUUUAUUUUUUAUUUUUUUAAACUUGAUGCAUUUUUUAAAAAUAUAAAUAAUUUAUAACAUUACAAAAGUAUUUACUGUCUCUUAUAAUCAAUUUAAUGCAUCCUAGAUUAAUACAAGUAUUAUUGUCUUAAAAACAUCUUACUGAUGAACAGAAGUGCAAAAUUGUUUAGCUAGCAAUUUUGUUUUUGUGUUUUACUAACUUUUCUAAUCAGGCGUCAAUACAGGAUUAAGUUGUUUUAGUCAAUUAGUUCGCUUUAUGGUCCAAAGGGAAAGGAUUCUGUGGAGAGGUCAAAACUUGCACGAUACCGAGCUGCAAUUCUGUGAGCGAGAGAGUCUCGAGUAUCUUGUGAGACGGUCUGAAGUGUCGUUCUGCUUGUAUGCCGUUCCUCUUCAGACUGUCGAAACUUGAAAUGGAAGGUGCCAGCUGUGCUGGCGCAGCACGGAAAAAUAUGUAAUUUCUUUGCCUUUUUAUUGUUUAUAAUUUUUCCUUUCCCCUGAACAGAGGUACUGGGUAGCUGAGUUGGGUUGUAAGUUGGCUAUUUAUUCAUGUGUUUAUAUAAAUGAAAUAGAUAUUUUUUAGUCAAUGACUAAUGUCUAUAUGCUGUUUUUGCAGCUCAUUCAAUACCUUUUGUAAACAAGCUGCCUUUAUUUACAAAGGCUAUCAUCCCAAACAUAUUACAACUAUAAACACAAGAUGCGGUACUAGUACGGGCGUUAGUAAAAAGACCUUCCUGCCCCUCCACCUGAGGUCCAUCUGUUCACUUGACAAACGUCGAGCUCAUUGGGAAACUAACUGGAUGAAUGAUCUUAAAUGACCUCAAGAACUGAGAUUCCAGUCAUGCUGCUUGUCGUUUUCUUUAUUCUAGUGUUUUUAUACGAGCCAGUGUUUGGUACUUUCGCCAUAUAUUGCUCAAACGAACAAAAACUGGUUGGUAGCAUCCAUGCAAUUUCAACAUGGUUCCUAAAGUUCCUGGGCUCAGUCUCUUCUCUGCACGUACGCCGUUUGGACGUCACAUUUUCCAGAUUGGGCCGUCCGGAUUACUCACAUCCAUAAUAAUGAUAGGGUGGCCUCUCAGAUCUGACUGAGAUGUAUUUUUAGUGAGGAAGAUUGCAAGCUUGCUGGACUCUACAGUUUGCAUUGGACCAACAUUUUCUCCAUUUUUACAAACCUUUUAUGUUUCUACAUUGCAAAUGUACGACUCCAUAUUUAAACUGGGCUAGUGUGGCUUGUUGCACUCUCUCAUUUGAGGAGCACGUCUCCUCUGGGACUCUGUGACCCUGGCCUAGACAUCACUUUGUAUGCAAUCUGAUUGUUAUCUGGUCCUCAGAGAUGUGGCGUCCCGCCCGGGGUGAGCAAACAGUGAAAUGUCAUUGCUGUCAUGUGAUCCAAAGGAGGAUGCGACCUUAAAAUUUCAAUAAAGCACUCUUGUCAUUCAUAUGUUCCCAGCAGGGUGCGAAAUGGGAAUGCAUUGUUAUUUAAAUUUUUCAAUAGAGCGUCUAAUGCUUGUCUAAGUGGUGUUACAUCCGUACUGUACGUGUGAAAGUGCAAAUUAUUUGAUAUUCUUAAAAGAGAAACGAUAUGAAAUUAUCUAUUCACAUACAUCUCAUUGACUUCUGACUUACGAUCUUGGCUGUAAGUGAGGUUUCAGCCACUGGAUAGUUAAAUGUUAAUGUUAAGAACCGUUUUACGCUUAAAGGUGAAGUGUGUCAUGUUCAAAUAAUCUCUUAUUCCAGUUCUGUGUGCAGAUUCCUCCCAAUGAGUGCAAACACUGUUUUUGCUAAAACUGCUCUGUUUGCUUUAGUUUGGGGCAGGGUGAGAGAUGGAGCGUGGCCUAAAACGAUAUGUGUUCAACUUCGGCUUGAUUUAACCGUUUUGCCGCUUGUCGUCAGGGAAUGAGUUAAAAAAGACGUCAAGUCAGACACUUUCUGCUUCCUGUAAUGUUGCUUGCUCUGUUUGUGUACGUUAUUACAGAUGAAGUGAAGUCAAUUACAUAGACGUUCCAGUCAUUUUCAUGCAGAAACAGAAACAUUUUUCAUUCAAUACUUUAUAUGUACUGCUUAAUACAGAGCCUGUGUUCAACAUAAGCAUAUACUAUUAAAAACAGUUUUAUUUUGAUAAAUAUGCCACAAUAUAACAUAAAGAGUUUUUACUGUUACGAAAAAAGAUUUCUGAGCAACUGAAGGUGUCUGAAGAAUAAACACUCAUUGCUGAAUCUAAGCCCAUUCUGUAACAGCUGUGUCAUCAACAAAGCUGCGCAGACUGUGAACACUGCUCAUGAAUUGUUCUCAUAGUGCUUAAUGGCAUAAGUCAAAGAACAUAUUUUCUAACUGGCAUGCACUACUUCAAGAAGCUGAUUGGCCUGUGCAGCGCCUCAUGAAGUCAGAUACGUCUAAUAAUAUUUGCUUGUUGCUAUACAAAUUACACACUUCACCUUUAAAGGGAUAGUUCAUCCAACACUGAAAAUUCUGUCAUGAUUUACUCACCCUCAUGUUGUUCCAUCUUCUGUGGGACACAAAAGAAGAUUUUUUUGAAAAAUGUAAUUAAAGUCAGUAGGCUUCAAAAUAGCACUGGCCCCCAUUGACUUUCAUUGUAUGGGGGGGGGGGAGACAACAUUUCUUCAUAAAUGUUUUAAGAUCUCUGCAGUGGGCGAAUCUAACCUCACAAGUACAGCAACAUACCUCUUUCUUUCACAUUACCUUCACAGAAAUAUCUAAUCUGACAUUCACAUUGAAAUGAUAUUUAUUACCACAUCUCUGUCAUCUCUUCUGUACUAUAGCUAUUUUGGUAGGAAUGACAAUGUAAAGUUUUUUUUUUUUUUUUGUAUUGGACUGAUGUUCAUAAAGUGUUGUAAAUAACCUUGUUUUUAAAAAGAAGUGUCUAAGUGGGUCAGGUUUUGGUGUGUUGAUUGGCACUGUAUAGACCGUCAAAAUUUUCACGUGAAGGGUUUGUGAAGGGCUGUACAAGUCUUGAGUGUGGCUCUUAAUGAACAUUUUUGCCUUUCAGAGAAUCUUACGCCAGAUUGCCGUUCUCUGUGCUGGAAUGUUUUGUUGAGCAACUGUUGCACAAUUUAUUUAAACUCUUCAGUCGGAGGGGACCUCUGUGCCUUAGCUGUUGUUCCCAACCUUUGUGUCUGUAAGCAUCGAACAUGUCGUCUCUGUAUCUUUCAUUUCUCCACGAAACCAAAAAACUGCUGUUGUAAAUGCCUUCUGUAUCAAUGUUCUUUUAGUUUUGCUGUUCUUUUCUUCAUACUGAAUUUUUGAAUAAAAAAAACACCUUUGUCAUCUCA